CGGCGAGCGGAAGUCAAGCAGCACAACGCCAGACGCCUCUGCAGUGAACAUCUAAGUCUAAAAUGGCAGGAGCAGAGGGAGACGAUUCGCUUUAUCCUAUCGCGGUUUUAAUCGAUGAAUUGAGAAAUGAAGACGUUCAGUUGCGGUUGAACAGUAUUAAGAAGUUGUCCACUAUUGCUCUGGCACUGGGUGUGGAAAGAACACGAACUGAACUACUGCCAUUCCUUACUGACACCAUAUAUGAUGAGGAUGAAGUUCUCCUUGCCUUGGCUGAGCAGCUCGGGAGCUUCACUGUACUGGUUGGAGGCCCAGAGUUUGUGAACUGUCUCUUGGACUCUGUGCGUCUCUUGGCGGUAGAAGCUGGCGUCAGCAUUGCUACUCUGCUGCCACAGGAAGACUUGGAGGCUCUGGUCAUGCCCACUUUACUUCAGGCCGCCGAUGACAAGUCCUGGAGGGUGCGCUACAUGGUGGCAGACAAAUUCUCAGAAUUGCAAAAAGCAGUUGGCCCAGAGAUCACCAAGACCGAUCUGGUCCCGGCGUUCCAGAACUUGUUGAAAGACUGCGAGGCAGAGGUCCGGACUGCUGCUGCCAACAAGGUGAAAGUAUUCUGUGAAAAUUUGCUUGAAGACAGCAGGGAGACCAUCAUCAUGACUCAUAUUCUGCCAUGCGUCAAGGAGCUGGUGUCUGACACAAACCAGCAUGUGAAGUCUGCCUUGGCUUCUGUCAUCAUGGGUCUCUCUACCAUCUUGGGCAAGGACAACACCGUAAAACAUCUGUUGCCUCUUUUCCUGGUCCAACUGAAGGACGAGUGUCCUGAGGUGCGUCUGAACAUCAUCUCUAAUCUGGACUGUGUGAAUGAGGUGAUCGGGAUUCGGCAGCUCUCUCAGUCUUUGCUGCCAGCUAUAGUAGAGCUGGCUGAGGAUGCCAAGUGGAGGGUUCGACUGGCCAUCAUUGAGUACAUGCCUUUGCUGGCUGGCCAACUGGGAGUGGAGUUCUUCGAUGAGAAGUUGAAUUCCCUGUGCAUGGCAUGGCUCAUUGAUCACGUGUUUGCCAUCCGAGAGGCUGCCACCUGCAACCUCAUGAAGCUGGUGGAGAAGUUUGGAGCAGAAUGGGCCCAGAACACCAUUGUGCCCAAAGUCCUUGGCAUGGCCAAUGAUUCCAACUACCUGCACAGGAUGACCACUCUCUUCUGCAUCAAUGCUCUGUCUGAAAUAUGUGGACAGGAAAUCACCACCAAGCACAUGUUGCCUGUAGUCCUCAAGAUGUCCACUGAUCAGGUGGCCAAUGUGCGCUUCAAUGUGGCCAGGUGCUUACAGAAGAUCGGACCAGAUUUGGACAGCAGUGCUUUGCAGGCAGAGGUUAAACCAGUCCUGGAGAAACUAGCUACAGACCAAGAUAUGGAUGUGAAGUACUUUGCUCUAGAGGCUAUAAGUGUUCUUGCCUUGGCUUGACUGACUUCUUCACCACAUCCAGUGAAAAGCUGACAACACAAGACCUGUUGCAUUAUAUUUAUUGUUCAUUUUGAAUGAUUAAGUAUCGUCGUUGUGUUCUUGUUUACUCUCAAAGAUAUUGAAUGAUCAAAGGAUGGACUUUCUAUAAAGUUUUACCUCAAACAUUGUUAGCGCAGCUAAGCUCUGCAUGCUUGUACAAUUACGCAUAGCUCUUCGCAAACAUCACCCCAUGAGCCAUUCCAGUGUGAUCGUAUCGGAAUCGGUACAUGCCUGCUUCAGCAUGCCAUUUGCUUUUCUUAGACCAGAGCUCAUCCUGCCAGUAGCAGAUGGUGCGAAAUGCCUGUUUAUUUGCUUUAGUAGAUUUGCUAGUGCACAGCACAUUGUUUACAUGUGUUCCCUCUCUAGAGAGGAAAAAAAAAUCUCAUGUGCUCUCACGGUUUAACCGCAGAGUCCUCCGUGUGCACAGGGCAGAUUGUGUUCUGAGCACAUGGUUGGAUUGCGGUCUCUCUAGAAAUUUGCUUUACGCAAUGAAGUCACACCUUUAUCAUGAGCUUUUUCCUUCUAGGGACCAUAUAAUUGAAUCAGUUGUGCUGCAACACCGGAUGCACGUAUGAAUCAACAUCAAUUCACGCCGUUUUGCCUGCAUUUUUGCACUCAUGUUGGUCAUGAAUAGCCCCCUUUAUAAACUUGUAGAUUUUCUUGAACCUUUGUGCCAAUGAACUAUCUAGUUAUAGUACGAUUUAUCAUUUUGUACGUUUUUCAAUAUACAUUGUUCUCUCUUAAGUGGAAGGCAUGUUUAAAAUGUGGCCGUGUCAUAAAAUCAUUCGGCUGGUUGGAGGGAUAUUGUCUUUUGUGGGAUGUAAUUCAGCAAUAUUCAUUGUUACAAACAACUUGCACCUUUGUUCAAGCUCAAUAUCAUGAGAACUUGUAGUUUUGUUUUGUUUUUUAACUCAUUUGGGAAAUUGGUGUACUUUUGGGACUAAAUAAAGUCAGUUGAACUACG